GUGUAUAAUAGUUGUCAAGCCACUUCGGCGUCGGCUAUGUUGUUGUUGUGUGCCGUACGGCGCAGUCGAGGGCUAUGGGAGCCUGUAAUUGCCGGGCAUGGAAAGGAGUGCAUGUAUCUGGUCAGACAUAUCCAGGAGUUCAGUAUCUCAAGGCCCUGGCUCCUUCACAGAUCCUAUCAUAAGUGUAUGAUCAAUAUGUGGAGGCUCCCUACAGUGUUGACAGACUGUGAAAAACAUCAUGUACAUGCCCAUGGAACUGGUUCUCAAAAUGCUGCCCCUCUAAACAGCAAGGAGUCUAACUCUGAGGAGUCAGCAGGGUCUUCAAAGGAGGAAGAACCACUUUUUGCCACACCCCCAACACUGCUGCCUCCCACUAACUGUUGCAUGAGUGGAUGCCCCAACUGUGUGUGGAUUGCAUAUACAGAAGAGCUGCUGAAAUAUUACCAGGAUGGUGGAGAACAGGCACUAGCAGCUGUGGAGAAGCAUAUACAGGAUGAGAACAUAAAGAUGCUUUUAAAAAUGGAAAUAAAAUUCCGCAUGAAGAAAAACUGAAAUUCUUUAGCUGGUGAAGCUACCUGUGAGAACCAGGGUCCCAAGACAUAUCAAAUUUUGAAGACAUCCUAAGUAUUUAUAGUCCUUUCUGAAUAAGGCCACUUAAGACUAAUUUUAUUAUGUGGGUCCUAGGUUCUUAAGCCCAAUAUUCCUGUUAAGUUUUUGUGCUUGAAAUGGUGUGAUUCUUGCAUUACAUUACUUUAUGGAAUUAUGUACAGUAUUCUGGCACUCAUGUAUGUUUCACUUGAGGCUAAGCUAGACAAUAUUGAUCUUAGUUAUGGCAUGCUUAAACUGAACCUAGCUGCCCUACGAAGACAAUACUGUCAGACUUUCCAGUGAAGAUCAGUCACACCUUCUCUAUAUUGCCCUGCAACACUAAAGUGUUCUUAAAGUAUCAAGCAACCUACUUUCCCUGCACUAUAUAUUUACAUAGUUACUUUCUUGCUUUAUCUUCUUUGACUCAAGGCAGCACUAGGCAUUAAGAUUCUGGUCCAAUAGUUGUGUGGUGUUAUCGAAUGUUCAGUAUUAUGAACAACUUGCAGGGGAGGGGAAUCCCUGUCCUCCGCUCCUCUGCCCACUUGCUUGCUUGGUUUCCCCGUUUGCAUCCUGCUGUCUCUGUUUCCAUUCUCCCUCUUUCCUAUUUCCCUUCCCCACUGAAUCAGCAUCCAUUUCCUACCUUCCCUUUUUUGCACUACUACUUCCCCCUUUCUUGAUCCCUUCUGUUUCAACUGUUGUUUCUAUUUGCCACCAUGUAUUGCCAAACAGGGCAAUAUGUUAGCCUAAACUAAAUGGUGUGGCUAAAGGUAUUUUGAUCCCAAGUGCAAUUUUGAACAUCUGCAGCAGCUCCAAAUGCUGCCCAUACUCAUUUUUUCCCUACAAUGUCAGACUGUGCCCAAGCAUCUCAUAUUGCUUUUUUGGAUUUAAAAAAAACCUCCUUAAUUUUUGUUUACAUUUUUAUAUUUUUCUGCACAUCUGGGUUUUGUUUUGCUUAGUAGUAAACAUAUACCAAGGCCUGGGUUCUUAGUGAGUCUGUCCAUAGCUAAUAUUUAAUAAAACACACACAAGUAAUAUUUUAAGGCUGCAAUGCCUAUACCUAUUUACUUGUGAAUAAAUUCCAUAGAACUCAAUGGGAUUAGCUUCAGAGUGAAGAAGCAGAGAACAGUGCUGUAGCAGGCCAGGUGAGUUGUUCAUUUCACCGAUUAUCUUGUCUCUUGAAGCGCAGAAGAAUCACUUUCUGCCGUGAACCCUUGACCUCCUCUGUUAUACCAUGGCCAUUUAUGCAUGCACUACUUACCCUGCAGCAUUUGCUUUGCAGUUGGGUUUUCCUGUAUGUUUUUGUUUACACAUGGAGUUUCCUCUUGUGAAAUGUCCUUAGCCAAGCCACCAGUUUGCCUACUCACUUAAGCACUUUGUUCUUUUCAUGCAACGCCUCCGUUUGGGAGCACUUGUUUCGCCACCUUUUCCCUCUUCCACCUUUUCCCCUUCCUUUACCAAUUUCAUGUUAAUUUCACAGAGUCUAUUGCUCCAGUGAUAGAUCUUCAGCAUUUAAUUCUUUUUAAAAAACCUUUUUGAAAUGGUGGACCUGGGAAACUGCUGUUGUGGGAGCAGGGUAAGGUGGAGAGGAACAAGAAAACCCAAAGAAAGCUUAACACACAAUGAUCUCCUUUGCUUUCCCUGCAAAGGGAGACAAAAAGUUGCACUUUACAGCUUUUGGAAACUGUGGGGAUGUUCUAAUGUGAGAGUGUGGUGAGUUCUAAAGAGGGAAAAAUAUGUGUAGAACUGAGAAUCAACCCAAAGGGAAUUUACGAUCAAUGCGAAGGAGACCACAAAUAUGUAAAUGGCCCAUGAUUCAUAUGCAUACCUAGUACAUGAAAUCUUGUCAUCUGAAUGUCUACGCUAGUACACAUUGGCAGUUCUGUUCUCCAUAAAUUUUCAUAUAGUGGCUUAAAGUAUGUAGUAUUUUUGCAGCGUAACAUGAGCAAAAAAAGCAGGUCCUUGCCAUGAGAAGUUUACAAAUUAAGUCCACCUAUUUUUGAAUCCAUGUAUUGUGUUUUUCAACCUGAAUAUUGUUGAAAUAAAACAGAUAACUUAUUUAGAACA